AUGGCCACCUCCGUUCAGACCCAGCCCAACGGCACCGCUCCCCACCUCAAGAUCGUCGACCGUGUCAACUCGGUCCCCGUCGUCCAUGACUCGGUCGCCUACGCCGAGCAGCUCAUCAACUCGACCCAGAUCACCUCGAACCUCUACCAGACCGUUCUCGGCCUCGCUGCCCGCGCUCUCCAGACCGCCGAGCCCGUCAUCUCGCGCACCACGCCCCUGAUCAACUCGGCCGACAACCUCGCCGUUGCCACUUUUGACCGUGUCGAGGCCGCCUUCCCUUACGCCUUCAAGACCCCCACCCAGGAGCUUGCCGGCUUCAAGCAGGCCAAGGCCUUCCACGACGACCGCGUCAUCCCUGCCCUUGAGGAGGUUAUCAAGAAGACUUCGGCCAUCAACGUCGAGCUCGGAUCGCUCCAGACCCGCGCCGCAGAGGUCAUCCACAAGGGCGAGAAGGCGUCGCACGAGCUCGUCGAGCAGCUCAAGGCCCUCCGCGAGCAGUCCAAGGACCUCCCUGCCCAGCUCAUCGAGGGCCUCGGCAAGGUGACCACGGACGUCAAGGCGAUUGUUCUCGCCAAGGACGGCACCGUCCAGGAGAAGACCAACAAGCUCGGCUCGUACGUCGUCGAGCAGGUCAAGCCCAUCAUCGACGAGAUCUACAAGCACGUCCUCGGUGCCAAGAAGGCCGCCGUCGAGACUGUCCAGGACGCGCCCGCUGAGAAGCAGACGCCUCCUCCAUCCGACGACGACGAGGUCGCCGACGCCCCUUCCCAGUAA